AUGUUGUCUUGGACAUAUCCCAUAUUGCUAUGGCUCGGAUAUAUUGCGUCUCAUAUCUACCAGGCGCUUCUACGGCGGUCGCCCGUCCCCGCACGUCAACCCUCUUCAAGGAGGCGCCGUGCUGAUCUGAUCAUAUUAAGUCUUCUUUCAGUUCUUUGCUGUAAUCUAGUCGCAACAGCCGGACUAUAUAUUGCGACAAGCUAUUCCAACAAAAACGACAAGGCUUUCAUGGACUGUGGCUUAUCCAUCAGUGCAGUUGCUGCCUUCUACGCCGCAAGACUUCUGCCUGACCCGGAUCAAGCCUUCACCUUUACUCAAGUAGACUUGCAUACUUGGCUGCUGAGUCUGCUCGCGGAGCUCAUACUCUUACUCUAUCAUCACUUCGGCUCUCAUCGCAGGGUCCUCCCGCCGCUAGUAUUCGAAUGGGGUAUGUCUUUCAUAGUCUUGGGGAGUGUGCGCAUUCUGGUCCUCUUGGUUUUGAUCGGUCUAUCCUGGAUCACGACUCAACGGAUACCCGACAGCAGUCAUUUCGGAGAUGAUCCUACUCAGCCGUUACUGCGAAAGGACCGUGCUAUAACAGGGAGCGGACAUGCUCGACACUACGGCGCGAAAAAGCCCAAUGACGCCCAGAACACCAGCUGGACCGAUUACCUGUUUGGGUUUGGAAAACUAUUUCCGUUUCUCUGGUAUCAUGCAGAUCAAACUAGGCCCGCCGGCUCCAAGACUCUUCAACUCCGGGCGAUUUUCUGCUUCGUCCUUCUCAUUAUCCAGCGUGCCAUCAACAUCAUCACACCCCACCAGCUCGGCGUCUUGGUAGUCUCUCUAGGUCAGGGGAAACUGCCACACAAGCAGAUCUUGCUCUAUGUGCUAUUCCGCGGACUUCAGGGUCAACAAGGGGUUAUUGGUUCACUGCGUGCUGUGCUCUGGAUACCCAUCAGUCAAUCCACGUACCGACGACUGAGUUCGGCUGUCUUUGAACACGUCCUGAUGCUCUCGCUUGACUUCCAUCUGAGCAAACGCAUCGGCGAGGUAACAAGUGCUUUAAGCAAGGGAGGGACACUCAACACAUUUCUCGACGCUCUUAUAUUCCAAUUGUUCCCCAUGGUAGCAGAUCUCUGGAUAGCUGCCGGGUACUUCCUGGUUGUCUUCGACGCCUCGUAUUCGCUGAUAGUCGUGACCAUUACAUGGUUCUAUCUCUAUCUUACGAUCUAUAUGGCCAAAUAUCGCGGUCGCGCUAGACGCGAGAUGGCAAAAAGAGAGCGUAUGAUGGAGGGCGCAAAGACCGACGCGCUGUUAUCAUACGAGACAGUGCAUCAAAGCGGCGCAGUGCCUAUUGAAAUGUCCAGAUUCCAGUCGCUCGUUGGAAAUUUUCAAGAGGCCGAGUACAGUGUCUUCUUCUCACUUAAUAUGUUGAACGUCGUGCAGAACAGCGUGUUCACCCUGGGAACGUUGCUGGUGUGCUACCUAGAUGCCUACCAGAUCUCAACAGGCCAACAGACCGUAGCUAUGUUCGUCACACUACUGACCUACAUCGCCCAGCUUCAGGCACCAUUGAAUUUUUUCGGUAGCUUUUACACGCAGGUGCAGAAUAAUCUAGUCGACGCCGAGCGGAUGUUAGAGCUGUUCAAUGAGGUCCCGACAAUCACCGACGCCGAGGAUGCCAAGGAUCUCGAGACGUGUAGGGGUAGAAUAAGCUUCAGGGAUGUUUCGUUUGCAUAUCAUCAAGGUCAACACCAGGCGCUCCGGGGCAUUUCCUUUGACGUCGACGCGGGUACCUCGACGGCAAUUGUUGGCGAAAGCGGGAGUGGGAAGUCUACGAUCUUGAAGCUGCUGUUCAGGUUCUACGAUGUUGAUCAAGGGGCUAUCGAGGUCGACGGGACCGAUAUCCGAUCUCUCCGCCUUGAGAGUCUGCGGUCACAUAUCGGCGUUGUCCCACAAGAUACUGUUCUUUUCAACGACACGUUGAUCUACAACUUACGAUACGCCAAACCAGACGCCACCGACGACGAGGUGUAUACAGCCUGUGCAGCAGCCAGCAUACAUAAAAAGAUUUUGAAGUUUCCGCAGGGCUAUUUGACAGUUGUAGGCGAGAGGGGCCUCAAGCUCUCUGGGGGAGAAAGACAGCGGAUCGCCAUCGCGAGAGCCUUCCUCCGAUCUCCUCGUAUUCUGCUGUUGGAUGAGGCUACAGCAUCGCUUGACUCGGCAACCGAGAGACAGAUUCAGGGGUCGCUGGAGGGGGUGUCGCAAGGCAGGACUACAAUCACUAUCGCGCAUCGACUAUCCACGAUUACAGAGGCGGAUCAAAUCAUUGUUCUGAGCGACGGCCGCAUCGUGGAAAAGGGGAGGCAUUCGGUGCUCGUUGGUCGGAAUGGAGUAUAUGGUCAGAUGUGGCGCAAGCAGAAUGAGAGAAGGGCCGAUGCAGACGCGGCGCCGUAA